UAAAUAUAUAAAACCUGGUUAGGUUCUAUAUAUGAUGUAAUUUGAAUCUGCAUCCAUGGACUUCAGUCCUGAGGAGGAGAGAUCUGGGAUUCACAGCGCGGUGAAUCUACACACCAAGCGCAUUAUUACUGCUUACUACACCAUUAUAGAGUCAUCACAGUUGGAAUACGGUCGUGACUGCUUAAUACGCACCGAUAUUGAUAAUUUUCAAUUGAAGAUGCACAAUGACAGUUUAAUGCACAGUUGCCGUAUGCUCCACACAAUAUCAUCAGAUUUGGUUCUUAAUUCGCUUUUGCAUUCCUCUGACCCUGAUCUGAUGCAGCGUUACCAUGAGGAAACUAUUGUUGCAGACACUUUAAGCAAUCUGCGUAAAGAAAUAGAUGAGUUUGACAGCUCGCUUUCUUUGAACUUUUUCGGAUCAAAGCAAAUUUGCAAAAAUUAAU